AUGGUCAAGGUUUCUAACAACGACCCUGCCCCUCAGAGUCUGACUUCUUCUAUCCAGACUCCCCUGUUGCCUAGUCCAACUUCUUCUAUCCAGACUCCCCUGUUGCCUACAUCUUCCCUUCCUGAUGACUUGGCCUUCCCAAGCCCAGCUGCUUCCUUGCUUUCCCUCUGCUCCUCCCUUGGGCACAUGUACAGACCCAAUCCUUCAUUCCUUGACCUGGAACGCCCCACGACUUCUUCCUCUGACCAUCGUGAUGCUGUGGAAGUAGACUUGGCAUGUACUCCAGCCCCUCCUUCCCUUGAUCAUCAUGUACCUACCAACGGUGAGAUAGCUGGUUGGUCUGAAGGAUUGGUGGUGUCUAGGCUGGUGGUAAAAAUUGCUACUGGGGACUAUCCUCCAGAGUGGGAGGUAGGUAGAGGUUCUUCAACUGAACAGCAACUGCACUGUCUGGCCAUGCUUCGAAUGACCGAGGGUUGUAUGCCCUGGCCUAGCUGGCAAUGUGCCCGGUGUGCUAGUCUUAGUCUCCCUUGUUUUCCUUCUGCAUUUGUCAACCCCUUCAUCCCUUACAGUUGUGUUCCUCGCACCUGCACUCAUUGUCACCUUGGCAACUUGUUGCAUUGCAAACAGACAAUUCCCGUUUCUCCAGACAUGGAGUACCUUGGUGACGGUCCCCCCAACAGGCAGCCUCAGGGCACUUACCUGGCAGAGCAUGUGCAUCUGACUGUGACCAAUGGUUAUGGUCUGGGAUUUGUUUGUGCCAAUGAUCAAGUGACUGACCCUGACACCUCCGACGAAUGGAUAUUUGCCAUCGGUGUUCUCUGGCACUCACCUAACUGA